GCAAAAUUUGAAAAUUUUGUAAAAACGCGUCUCCUGGCUAUUUUUAAAGGAUUAAAAAUAAGUAAAACUAGAAUAAUUUUUAAGUCGUAAUUAUUGUUAUCGUAGGUUUUACGUUAUUGCGUCAACUUUUUGUUAGAUGUGGAUGCUCGUGCAAGCUUGUCUUUUUUUUCUCUUUUUUCCAAAUUUAUUCAUUGAAUAGCAACGUAAGAGAAGUACGAGGAAAAGUCGUUAGUUGAAUAAGAAAGUGCAUUCAUGCAUUCUACGCAAAUCGUUAAAAUCAUUAAAUUCGUUAAAAAAAAUCCCACAUCGCAAUACGAAUAUUUUUCUUUUUUUUCUUUUUUUCUAUAUAUACAUAUAUAUAUAUAUAUACAUAUAUCUUCCUAUUCUAUAAUCCAUUCACAUUUCUCAAAAUGAUAAUCAAUGUAAUAAUCAAUUUGAUGGAUACAAUUUGAUGGAUUUUAUUUUUUUCGUUUGAAUAAAAUUGUUCCCAUCAUUUAUCUUACGUUAUUAACUCCUUGGCGCAACGCUUCGCUUGAUAGAUUAUCCCUCGUAAAAUUUCGAAAAGCAAGCGAUUGUAAAAUCGUUUCGACGAAAAUAAAUUAUAUCAUACGUUUAUUUUUUUUUUUAUAGUUAUUGGAUUACUCGCAUAUCACUCGAUGGUAACGCUCCAAUAAUCCAAUUAUUUCUAUAUAUCGUUUAGUGGUUAUCAAGGGUUGGCUGUGAGAAACCUGUAAAAAAAAAAGGUUGCGCAACGGUUCGAACUACGCUUCUAAAAAAAAAAAAUUCUUUCGCUAUUUACACGCAUCACCGAAUAACGGGGCCGUGCUUUCUAAACGGUUUAUCUGUUUUCUUGAAUUUCAGAUGCCUACGUCUCGUUGCAACUGCCUUAUGGUUUGCCAUCAGGAUUCCAACCUUACUCGGCCAACGUGAAUUUAUCUCAAAAAGACGAAAUGAAAUAUUUGCGCGGCGACGGGAGCAACCUGAUGAAUAUUUGUUUCGGUUGUGGGAAGAGGUACAAGUGGAGGGACAGUUUGUUGAGGCAUCAGAGAGUUGAGUGUGGUAACAAGGAGAAGAAGUUUUGUUGCAAAUUGUGCCCAAAAAAAUUCUAUCACCAGUACAAAUUGAACGAGCAUUAUCAAGGACGGCACAAAAUACCCAAGCCUCGUUAAAUAAAUAUUAAUAUUAAUAUUACAGCGAACUUCUCUUGUUUUCCAAUAUAAUUUUUAGAAAUAUUUUUAUAUCGUGAUUUCUCGAAAGGCGAAAACGUUCCUUGAAAAAUGUGAAAAUACUCAAAUCCGAUUGUUCAACUGUUUCUUUUACGAGAAAUAGUAUUUUCGAAAUGUUAAUCGAGAUAAGACUGCUUUUAGAAUACGUUUGAAGGAUUAUUAUUAUCUACGGCGCUUGAAAAAUUACUUUUUUCCUUUUUUUCGGACAGAUUUGGACAAAUCUUUUUUUCCUCUUUCAUAGAGAUAAUUUUGUAAUUUUAAAUAAUGAGCAUCGUUGUUUCAAAUUUUCAUAAAAAAUAUUGAAAAAAAAAUGAUCGUUGAAAAGAAGUGCAAAUAAAAUAGUCAAAUUUUGUUUUUCGAUUAUAAAAUCUUAUCAGUGUCGAUUACAACGAUGAAGUUGUAUCCUGCGUUGCUCGUGCUUUGAUUUUUACUCGUAAGUAUGCAAAUAAGUUUCGAUACCUGAAUCAGUAAUUUUCUAGCAACUAGCAAAUUGUGGUAAGAAUUGUAUGUAAAUGGCGGGAACCACAACCACUGUUAUAUUUUUUAACAAACAUCGAUAACUAUUUUAAUCAUCGAAUUAUUUUUAAAUUUUAAUAAAAUACAAGUUACUAUCGUAUUGCAUCGUUUUUUCCUAUUGAUCCACUCUUUUUUAUCAAACCGUUUGUUGGAUAUUGUAUUCGAAUCAGCGAUCGAAUCGCGCUAAUUUUGCAAAAUAAUUAAAUUUAAAAACAAAAAAAAGAAAGGAAAACUCAAAAGACAAGCAGAAAAACUCUAAACUAAAAAUUCUUAAAUGUUGCAAGAAAAGUGUUAUUAUGCUUAUAUAAAACCUUAACGUGCUAAUCUUUAACAUUAAGCCUUGUUUGUGGUGAGCCUAAACCUUAUAUAUGUGUUAUUUCCUAAAAAAAAAAUCAAUUUCAUAUUUUUAACCUCAUUUUACGGGUUUCAUUUAAUAUAACACGAUAAUAUAGAUAAAAAAAAAGGAGAAAUCUAACAAAGUAUGGAUAAGAUGAGUUGCGUUUCACGAUAUUUGGACAUAAAAAUCCACAUUUUAUCUCUGUUGAUAGGAUCAUUUUGCGAGUCAAGAACUUCGGCACCAAUCGGCAAAACUCGGAUGGAAUCGAGCGAGAUAUCUCCCUCCUCUUUCAGCUCUCGAGCUCCCGAACCGAUCUCGUCCGAUUGUUGCCGAAGUCAAAUUGCCUCACUCAUCCCCAUGUUUCAACUAAAACUAUUUCACUCGAAAUAAUACGAAAGCAUCGAGAUUUUUCACUCGAAUUUUUUCAAUCUGCAUCAAACGAAAUCUCGCGAUUUCCAUGUCCAAAUAACACUUGCAACUUUACAUUUCGGACUUUUCGAAUUCUUCUCGGCAGAAGAUCGACAAAGUCUAGGAAAAGGAAAAAUAAAAGAGAAGUUGCAACUCGAAGCAACGUGUGAUUGUUCUCACGGUGAUCGUUUAAAUGUAUUCAUGCUCUGUGUAAGUCCAUCCUUCUUCAUCGAUAAUCCUUGUGCGACAACUAGCAAUGUAAUCAUCCGUGACUGAGGUGCGAAUCGUUGGAAGCGAAUGGGGGAACGGGUGGACAAGUGCAGAGAUAUCUGAUUCUGUUAUCUAUUUUCUAGAACGGAAGUACUCGCCAAGCGCAGCGAUCGAAUGGUACUAUCAAUACCAGACCUUGUAUCUACGACUGAUGGCGGAAAAUCAAAUGAUGGCAGAGAACAAGGUGGUUUUCGAGAACGGCAAGUGCUCGACCGGCAAAGCGCAACAACCAGGCUCUGGGAAUUGCUUGAAAGAAUUCGUUGCCACGGAUAAGUUGGCUAUGGAGAACGGUGUGGACGAGACCCCACUGGUGGGGAGCCAUGGAAUUACGGCGAACGUUCGCGAUCCUUCCAGCUAUUCUUGCCCACGUUGCGGCAAUGCUUAUUCGAGGCCUCACUCGUUGAACAGGCAUAUUAGAUUCGAGUGCGGAGUGGAGCCCCAAUUCGAAUGUCCCAUUUGUCAUAAGAAGUCGAAGCACAAGCAUAAUUUGGUUUUACAUAUGAGAACUCAUCAAAAAACUUAAAUACAAUCAGAGAGAGAGAGAGAGAGAGAGAGAGAGAGAGAGAGAGAGAGAGAGAGAGAGAGAGAGAGAGAGAGAGAGAGAAAUCAUCUAGAAUGAAUCUUAAUAUAUUAUUAAUGUGCAUAUAUAGUUCUAAUUAAACGUGAUCUCUGAUAUCAAAUUGUCGAUAUGUUACCAUGUAUAGACUGACUCACUGCCUUUUUUUUUUUUUUGGAAUAUAUUGAUAAAGUUGUUAUACAUAUGUUGUAAAUUUUAAAAUGAAAGUAUAUAGGUAUAUAGGACAAUAAAGUAAAGGAGUUAAAAGAAAGAGUAAUAAAAGAUGAAACGAAGGUAAGACGUUGUAUAUUCGUAUGUGAGAUACGCUGAAUAUAUAUAUAUACAUACAUACAUAUAUAUAUAUACAUGCGUAUAUACGUGUAUAUGAUAAAUGCAAGGGAUAAAAGAAGCCUUUAUAUAAAAAUAGAAAGAUGCAUUAGAUUAUAUAGAAUAAAAAUGAAAUUAUUACGAUUGUACACAAUAGUGAAAAUAAAAUUAUUUUGUAUCAAAAAAAGAAAAAAAAAAAAAAAGAUUACGAUUUAUAUAAUACGAUUUCGAUACGUGGAGAAAUUAAUUUUCUGUAUCAUUGAUUUUAUACAUCAUCAUCAAAAUAGAUAGCAUGCUUGUACAAACAAAUUUUAUCGUAUCAAAUAUUCAUACUUGUUAUAAAAUCGUUUUGAAACGAUCUAAUUCUUUUACAUUUUACCGAUCGAGAGACGUUGAGUAAUUUGCAUGCCAGAAAUCUGUCUUGUAAAAACAGAUGAGAGAGAAAUUUUUCGAUGCAAACUAGCACGAUCAUCACGAGAGGAGAAGAAAUUAGCGUUUCUUUCGCAAUAGCAUGGCUCAAUGUAAGAAUUCCUCGAAUUUAUUGUAUACCUUCUUCACUAAGUUAAUAUUAAUAUCUCGAUAUAUUUAUCGUGAAAUCGCUUAUCUCAUUAUCUUUCGCCGAGUUAUUAUUCGUUUUCCGAUACAAAAUCUUUCAAAUCAAACGUCUCAUCGUAUGUUUAAAAAAAAUGUUGCAGUUUGGAAGAUGCUGAAGGAUUUGGAGGACGGGCCACCAUUUUUGUGUCCGAAAUGCGGUCGUACUUAUUCCCACAAGUGCAACUUAACGAGACAUUUACGGUUGGAAUGCGGUGUCGGGCCAAGAUUUCAAUGCGCCUGGUGCAAGAAACGAUUCAAGCAUCGACAUCAUCUGAGGGACCAUCAGAGAAUCCAUCUUUAUUCGAAUUGCACGUUUGAACUGCGAAAUUGAGAUACUUUCUCUUCUUUCAUUAAUUAUUUAUAUAUAUAUAUAUAUAUUUUUUUUUUAUAUAUUUUUGCCAACUUGUUCAAUUUGUUCAUUUUAUUCGAUUAUUUAUUUUUCUCUAUUUAUUUAUUCUUCGAUCAUUCGUUUAUUUAUUUAUUCGUUCGUUAAUUUAUUCGUUUUGUUCGUUCGUUUAUUUAUCAGUUGAGAAAGAAAAAUAUAUUUUUAUUUGAAUUGUUAUUAAACGUUAUUUAAUUAGACGACAAUAUUAAUAUAAUAGUUCGAGACGAAUGGUAAUUUCUUCUCUCUGUUAUUUAUGUAUGAUAUGUUCAUUGUGAAGAUAAUUGCGUAUAUGAUGUUCUAUUUUUCUUUUCUUUUUUUUUUUUUUUUGAAUGCUACUUGUACUUGCUUUAAAACUUUAAACUUGCGUUUAAAAUUGCCAAAUAUACUAUACGAGAAAAGAGAAGAAAGUACGGUAAAGUUACAAAAUACACAGGGCAUUCAAUCGAAUGGAGGGAGAAAACGGUGUUAUAGGGGAGAGCGAAUAUCCAUCGGUAUUGAAUUAAAAUAUCAGAUUGAUUUCUUAUCUAAAGUAAGGAAGAUAUAAUGCCAUUUUAAAGAGUGUUCAUUACGAGAAUAUAUAUUAUUUUUAUGCGCAUCGUUGUACAUAAAUAGCUAAAGUACUUAAAAAAAAAAAAAAAAAAAAAAAAAAAAGAUAACAAAAUAAA